CGGAACUGUAGUUCCGGGACGCCUCUUGUGAAACACGGAAGGAAUAAGCCGCGUACCAACGUGUUCCACUGGUUCCACUACUACCUUCUGAGUGACCCCAGGAAUAAAUAACUGUAGAUUAUGAUGCUUUCAAUUUAAAACAGAGAUGCUCUCUGUUAUAUUUAAAAGAAGCACCUUUGCAGCCAAGCAGGUAUUGCAUUGGGCAGGUCCUGCACAGAGAUGCUGGACAUCAGUCCUCCCCGGAGCCUCUGGUGGUGGAUCCAGCUCCCUGCAGACCUGCUGGGCCUCAACAGCAAGAGACGACAGAGGAGCCGAAUCUUCCUCUGUCCUCAGCUCCAGGAGGAUUGAGUUCUUCCAAAGGACCCAGACACAUGCAGCUCCAUCUAUUGUGAGGAACCAGCAUUUCCACUCCUCUGCAGUGAGGCUGAAGAAGCGCCCCCAGCUACCAGAACCUCCCAGAGAGCUGGAUCUGCUGCGCUAUGACAUGAAGGACUUGUGGAAGGGUCCCAAACCUGCCUUAUACCUUGGGUUUGCAGGGCUUCUCCCCUUUGUCGCGCCCACUCUGCUCAUGGCUGUGACUGAGAACUACUAUCCAGAGUUGGCUUAUGCUCAAUUAGCUUACGGCGCCUCCAUCCUUUCCUUCGUGGGCGGGGCUCGCUGGGGAUUCGCUCUUCCUGAGAGUAGCCCAGCCAAACCUGACUGGAUAAAUCUGUCCAACAGUGUGGUUCCCUCGCUGUUGGCCUGUGUGUCCAUGAUGAUGAGCGACAGCAUUGUUCCUGCAGCCACCAUGGUUAUCAUGGGGCUAGGAAUAGCGCUGCAUUAUGAUCUGGCUCUGCUGCCCACUUACCCCAGCUGGUUCAAAGCCCUGCGCGCUGUCCUGACCAUCGUGGCAUUUUUUUCUUUUCUGGGUACAAUUCUAAUUAAUGGAAUAUACCCAGAAAAAAAACUAUUCUCAGAUUAAAUAUUAUGCAAAUAUAGAAACUAUUUGGCCACCAUGUUCUGAAUUUGGUGGUCAUAUUUCUCUUCCUUGAUAUUGGAGUUUUUCUGUCCUAAUCUCAGCCCUUCAGAUACCACAAUUGUGUAUUUUAUAGAUCCUGCUAAACUGGCUUCUGUAAAAGCAGAAUAUUAUCAAGACGUACCCUCUAUGUAGACGUUAUUGGUUAGUGUACAAUGUUUAAAAUCAUUCAGAUUAAAUAAAUUUUUGCAUUUUGAAACUACUACUAAGAGUCGCCCCAAAUCAGUAAAUGCCACACAAUAAAAUAACUGAAGAAAAUACAAUGUUGAAGGUCAAUGAACGUUAAAUAAAUGCACUUUUGUCAUCUGAAAUAUGAAGGUAUUUGUACUUUUUGUGCUCCUUAUUGCAUUUUAUAGUCUAAAAAGUGAGAACCAAAACAGACUCCUUAAAAUUGUCAAUUUUCUGGAACAGGCAAAGAUCUUUUUUUAUGAUAAGAAAAAAGUCACACUUCAU